AUGGGGGAAUCUAAAUCUUCCUUCCACCCGGCUCUUGCCGUCUCUAACAUCAAGAACAGUAUUCCAAUCACCCUUGAGAUGGAAAAUGUUCAGUAUUCUACAUGGGCGGAAUUAUUUAAGGUUCACGCAAGAUCUAACAAGGUGCUUCACCAUAUUAUGCCUCCGGCUAAGGGCAAGGAGCAACCUCCUCCAUCUACUGAUGCGGAAAAGGAGAUGUGGGCAACCUUGGAUGCCACGGUUCUCUCGUGGAUUUACUCUACUAUUUCUCGUGAUUUGUUGAACACUAUUAUUGAGCCCGACUCUACGGCUAUGGAAGCUUGGGAUAGAUUGCGUGAUAUUUUCCAAGAUAAUGAACAUUCCCGUGCCGUGGCUUUGGAACAAGAAUUCUCCACCACUUCUAUGGAGGAUUUUUCCAAUGUUUCAGCUUAUUGUCAACGUCUCAAAUCUCUUGCGGAUCAAUUGAAGAACGUUGGGGCUCCGGUGUCUGAUAGUAGAAUGGUGUUACAGUUGGUGGGCGGCCUUACUCGACCGUACCGUGGUGUAGGUACGUUAAUCCGCCAAAGUAAUCCUCUCCCUCCAUUUUAUAAAGCUCGCUCCAUGCUCACUUUGGAGGAAGCCGGGAUGGCAAAAGAAGCGGCCACUGAGUCAGCUAUGGUGGCCUCAAGUGAUGAAAAUCCAAACCGAGGUGAUAAACCGAGUCAAAAUAACGGCACCAAAAAUUCUGGUCGACGCCACUACACCAACGGCCGGAAAAAUUCAGGUGCUGCCGGCGGAAAGAAGUUUACCGGCAACAAGGGUGGUGGCCGGGAUCAACAGUCCGGCAGCCACGGUGGACAAGUGGGAUACUUCCAGUGGUAG